GAUCUUUCGCUUCUCUCUUGAGUCUUCUUGACAACCUUUGGUCAGAGACUACUUAGUACUUAUCAUGGCUCUCAUGUAUGGCAAAGAAAAGGAUGCAGGUCAUGAACUGACCUCUGACCCUGGCUUCGUUACAUUCUUCUCAAAACUCCCAAAGAAAUCACCUGAAACUGGAACGAUCCGCCUCUUCGAUCGCACGGACUAUUACUCUGUCCACGGGCAAGAUGCCCACUACGUCGCCACACACGUUUUUCGCACUAACUCCGUCCUCAAGUACCUAGGUGCUGGAGGCAAGGCUGGUGGUCUUCCUAGUGUUACGCUGAGCCAUACUCUGGCUCACUCCCUUUUGCGGGAUGCUCUUACAUCUAAACAGCUGCGCGUGGAGAUUUGGGUGCCCGCACCAGGGCAGGGAAGGAAGGCCUCCAAGUUUGUUUUGGAAAAAGAGGCGUCUCCUGGAAACCUGCAAGCUGUCGAAGAUCUCCUCUUUGUUAGCUCUGACGUUACGUCGGCACCUAUCGUUUUAGCUGUCAAAAUAUCAUCAUCUUCGGCGACGAACAAAGCUAAGACCAAGUCUGUCGGCAUUGCCUUUGCGGACACAAGUGUGAGGGAGUUUGGAGUUGCUGAUUUCGUCGACAACGAUCUGUUCUCGAACCUUGAAUCUCUUGUCAUACAACUCUCAGUCAAAGAAGCUAUUAUUCCAACCGGAACAGCGUCGGGGACGACAGACCGCGACCUCGACCUGAGCAAGCUAAAAGCCGUUUUCGAGAGGUGCGGCGUUGUUGUGACCGAACGUAAACCAAGCGAAUUUACUGCGAAAAAUGUAGUAGACGAUGUCAAAAAGCUAACAAUUGAUUCGGAAACAGAUUCAGAGUCUGCUGCACCGAUUCCUGAGCUCUCCCUGCCUUCAGCCCCGUCUGCUCUCGCUGCCUUGAUCAGCUAUCUCUCUCUCCUUUCUGAUCCAUCCAAUCAUGGUGCAUACAAGUUACGGACACACGAUCUGGCACGAUAUAUGCGCUUGGAUGCUAGUGCAUUGCGUGCACUGAAUCUCAUCGAUGCCCCUGGGAGUGCUGGAAGUAUCAAUAAGAACGCAACACUCCUUGGUCUACUCAAUAAAUGCAAGACCGCUCAGGGCACGAGGCUCCUCGGGACAUGGCUCAAGCAACCUUUGAUAAAUCUGCACGAAAUAUGUAAACGGCAAGACCUCGUGGAGACAUUCGUAGAUGACGCAUCUAAACGGAGAACGCUGCAGGAUGACUACUUGAAACUGAUGCCUGAUCUCCAUCGGCUAAGCAAGCGAUUCAAGAAAUCUAUCGCGUCCCUUGAGGAUGUUGUGCGGGCAUAUCAAGUCGUCCUCAAGCUGCCUGGUUUGCUUGAGGCUCUCGAGGGUCUCCAGUACGAGCACGAAGAACACAAGGAGCUUAUCGACGAGGUUUAUAUCAAGCCUUUCCAGGCUAUUAAUGAUAACCUCGUUAAAUAUGGCGAGAUGGUCGAGUCAACGCUCGAUCUUGCAGAGCUCGAAAAUCAUAAUUAUGCAAUCAAGCCUGACUAUGAUGAGCGUCUCCAGACUCUGGCAGACAAACUUGUAGAGAUUCGUGAUGGUCUUGAUGCCGAGCAUCGUACUGCAGGCAAGGAUCUCGGGCUUGACCUCGACAAGAAGUUGCACCUUGAAAACUCUCAGACCUACGGUUACUGUUUCAGGUUGACGAAGAAUGACGCCAAAGUCAUCAUGCGGAAUAGCAAGUACACCGAACUCGGGACUGUCAAGAGCGGGGUCUACUUCACGACCAAGAAGCUGAAAGGAUUUUCAACGGAUCAUCAAGAGGUAACACAUGAAUAUCAGCGCACGCAGAGCGGGCUUGUGAAGGAAGUUGUGAGCAUCGCGUCAACAUAUACACCUGUACUAGAGAAUCUUGACCACGUCAUCGCACAUUUAGAUGUGAUCCUCAGUUUCGCUCACGUUUCUGUAAACGCUCCCGAGCCAUACGUGAAACCAAAGGUUUUGGAGAAAGGCACUAGCGGCUUAAUAUUGCGCGAUGCACGGCAUCCUUGCCUCGAAGUUCAAGACGAUAUUAGCUUCAUUCCGAACGAUGUAGAGAUGGUGAAGGGCGAGGGCGAAUUCCAGAUCAUCACCGGCCCAAACAUGGGCGGAAAGAGCACGUAUAUCCGUCAGGUUGGAGUCAUUGCUCUCAUGGCACAGACUGGAUGUUUCGUGCCUUGCUCGGAGGCAACCUUGCCGAUCUUCGAUUCCGUGCUGUGUAGGGUGGGUGCAGGUGACAGUCAAUUGAAGGGUGUCUCGACAUUUAUGGCCGAGAUGCUUGAGACUGCGUCGAUUCUCCGAUCUGCCACCCAAGAUUCUCUGAUUAUCAUCGAUGAGCUCGGCCGCGGAACGUCGACGUAUGACGGAUUUGGCCUCGCAUGGUCCAUAUCCGAGCAUAUCGCGUCCCACAUCCGCGCGUUCUGCUUGUUUGCUACUCACUUUCACGAGUUGACUGCCCUCGACCAGGAGCUUCCGCACGUGAAAAACCUUCAUGUUGUAGCUCAUGUCAAUCAAGAGGAUGCGUCUGCGCCACGCGAGAGGGAUAUCACGCUCUUGUACAAGGUUGAACCAGGUGUUUCGGACCAAAGCUUCGGUAUCCACGUUGCGCAACUGGCCAACUUCCCUGAAAAUGUGGUCAAACUCGCAAAACGGAAAGCUGAUGAACUAGAAGAUUUUGCGACUGCAGGACAACAAUCAGAACCCGAGCAUUCAGAUGAAGUCACCGAGGAGGGCAUCCAAAUUAUCGAGGAGUUACUGAAGAAGUGGGCUUCCGAGUCCUCAGCUGACGACGAAGAUGUCAUGAUGGAUGAUGUGUCGCCCGAGGCUCAGCUGACUGAACUGCGACGAUGUGUCGAGGAGUUCAGACCACGCAUAGAACAUAAUGCGUGGGUACAGUCUCUACUCACGUCUUUCUGAUUUCUUGCUGUCUUAUCUCCUUGCUAUCCUCGCUAUUAUUGCUGUAUCGUACAUAUGUAAUCACAUUGCUCUGCAUCAUCGUCACCAUCAUCUUCCAGAUUUGCCUCCGCCGCCCUCAUCGGCGGCUGCGUAUUUAGGCAAGUUACGUAGCUACA